AUGUUCACAAUCAAUGGGAACACUACCAUUCAUUCUAAUGAGAUCAAAGACCUUGGUCUCAGAUACUCUUGCGCAUUUCGUUUUUCUUAUCAAGUUCAGUUCCAUGUUGCUCGAGCACGUAGACUCUGCUUUCUAAUAUUACGCUCUUUCUACCUUCAUGAUCCGAAGGUCGCAAUUUCCAAGCUAUGCGUGCGAUCAUGUGCGAAAUCCCGUUCUGCUUUCUCCUUUUUUUGUAGGCGGGCACUCGAAAAAGUCCAACGUCCAUUCGCAAAAAUGUCAUCUUCACAGACCUGCCCUCUCUCCUACCGCUUCCGCUGUAUGAUCGUAGCGCUUGAGCCACUAUGGCUCAGGCGGUCAAAGCUGAAUUUAACUCUCAGGCUAGGCCAAACGUGGCCAUAUACACGCUAUACAUUCGUGUGCCCUCAAGCGCGUACAAACACACGACACCAAUUCUUUCUUGUUUACUACACUCGCGUCCGGAACAGUCUCCGUGAUCGGUUUCGAAAUAUCACACAACAGCGUACGUUUUCACAAUUAGUAGACAACUCCCUCGCGUGUGAGGCCGCAGCCGCCCUACUUAAUACCCACAUCCCUCAGCAUGCACGAGGGAUGAAAGCCUCAUGUGGUGGUCGUCCUGCGGGGGGCGUCUUCCUGCUGUGCUGUACCAUGGAGCGCUCACAUGCCCAUUACCCUACCGGUAGCAAGGAUGCUUCGCCAAUUGCCGCGCAUCUUCCGCCAUCCAGGAGAAGGUGCCAAUCCAACGACCACUGCUUUGUAGCGUCUACAUCCAUUAAGAGAGUACUGGCGUUAGAACUCCAGAAUUUCAAGCCACCCGCAAAACUUAGCGUGGACUUAGAGAGCGUUCGGAAGGUCAGUGAUGUAUAUCAGAACAAGAAGAAGCGGUCUCGGAAAGGAGCCUUGAGAUCUACAUUGAAUACUGGCGCCAGAGAACAAAACUAUGCAGUUGAAAAGGCGGGUGCAAUACAACAAAAUCAGGAGAGCAUAGGUCGACAUAGUGCGUUCUGGCAAGCUCCGUUGCGGAUGAUCGGACGCACCUUCUCCCGUAUUAGGUCGACAUCGUUCUGGCAAGCUCCGUUGCGGAUGAUCGGACGCACCUUCUCCCGUAUUACUCGCAUGGACUUCCAAAUACUCUAUGGUUGGUGCGCUAACCAAGUUGUCCACUCAGGACCGAGCCGCCAAGAGAACGGUUGCCGGCCUCAAACCGUGAACUACGAAACGCGUCUCGCGGUACUUGAUCUCUUUCCCCUGGACUACCGUCGCCUCCGAGGGGACCUAAUUCUUACCUACGCCCUGUUUGAACAAAGCUUGGCGAAAAGUUUUUUACCGUUGACCGAGCAAUCACACGACGGGGACAUAGUAAGAAAAUUUUCAAGCUCAGGGCACACACAUUCAUUAGAGAAAAUUUUUUUCAUUUCGGGUACUGCGUGGAAUGACCUCCCUCUGACGGUUGUACACGCUCCUUCUAGAACCCAAUUCAAAGCAUUAUUAGAAAUUUUAUUUAUGCGAAUCCUCGCGCUGGCAAUCCUUCUAACAUUACGCGGGGCAGUAUGUCUGCCCCGCGCUGAGAACAUAAAGUGCAGUGCUACGCCCUUUUUUCACUUGUGCCUUUCAGGUGAACGACAGCCACUGACCGACAAGAACAAACCCGACCCGGGAAACUUGGACAAAAACCUCGAUCCUGUGUAUCAAUCCGUGAAUCCAUUCGGAACACCUUUCAAACUGCUUAUUAUCUGGGCAACUAUCCUGAUGCUGGACUUUUUCACAGAUUUUCGCUUCGAAUUUAUCUAUUCUUGUUGGUUGUUCGUCCGCACGGUGAUCGACUCCUUCCGAUAUCAAGGCUUGGCAUUUGCGUUGUUUUUCACUUUGAUCGCAACUAUGUCCGACGUGGUCUGUUAUUUUCUCGUACCGACUACACUAGUCUAUCUUCUGGGCAGCUCUUUCGUAUGGAUACAAUUGGUUUGGCAGAGUGCGCACAAUAGCUCGUCAGAAUGCUCUAGCCGAUACGCCGAAAGUAAAAGAUCGCUCAACUGUAGCACCCUUUCGGUGCUUACCGUCCUGUCAUCAAAAGGAAGCACGAGGGCUGGGAUACUACCAGGUUGCCCAAGCCUGGAUAGGAGGAGCCGAGAGGCAGAGGUCGGGUUCGAAUCAUGGACCUUCCGGUCAGUAAAUUCGCGUUUCAAACAUAGCCAUCUCACCCAAUUCGUGUUACGUUGUACUAUCUACUUUGGGUCGAGAUGGCUCAAGUGGUUAGAGCGCGAAUUUACUGACCGGAAGGUCCGUGGUUCGAACCGGACCUCUGCCAUUCGACUUCCCCUGUCUAGGCUUGGGCGACCUGGCAGUAUCCCAGCCCUUGUGCUUCCUUCGGAUGGCAUGGCAGGUAGGCACCCAAAGGGUGCCACAGCUGAACGAUUUAUUAUUUUUAUCUACAUUUCGGUUAUUUGCGUACGCUGUUCACUUGGACCGGAUUUCACUCCUGUUCAUAUCCUUCUACUUUCAGAUCGUGGGUUCUAUGCGCCUACGAUUGUGUUGUGCUUCAUAUUCGUCUACGUUGAAGUAGCGGUCCGGUUGCGCGAUCCCAAACACAUCCCGCUGGGGAUAGAUAUUUGCAGGCCUUUCGCCACACACUGCGUUGGCUACCCUGCGGUUACUUUUGGGUUUGUGCUCAAGACUAUGGUGUCGCACCACUUUCGGCAGCGAAGGCAACGGUCGGUGGAAACACAAAACGCGACGUUCUUUGCACUACUUGAGGAGGCACUUCCCAAAGAAUUGCGCCAGUACCUUAAGACAGAUGGAUCGUCUCCAAAGUCGAACCGAAGCCUACCCAGUCCUCCAGAUGUCCGACCUGCUCUGCCAGCCAGCAGUAGCAUACUGCCGUCUACGAAUCGCUCAGUAAGCAGCAAAGACAAGGUUGGCGUGUCAGCCCCUAGCGGCCGAAAGCAGGCAUCUGGUGGCCUCAAAUUAGAUCCGAAUUUAUCGUCCUUGUCGAGUUGCUCUCCGGACGUUCUUCGGCCCCCGGUAACAGAAGGGAGCAAUCGACCGGUGGUAUUCGCCCAACACAAUGAUUCUACACAUUUGGGCAACUUAGCACUCCCAGAAUCCAUAUCGUCGCAGAUUGCUCUUUCUGAGACAGACAAUGUUGAAAAAUCCGAUGACACAAUCGCUGCGUCCCCUAAUACCUUGUGGCGCACUGCUGACCAAAUUGAUUUGGAAUUCUCUUUCGAUGACCAAGCGUCUGGGCAUCAAUUGGGUGAUUCCGAACAAAAUGGUCAAACAAUCCAAGCUCCCAAGGCGCCGUCUUCUGUUAGCUCCACGACGUCGACCUCUUCAUCAUCGUCAACUUGCUCUUCAUCAUCCUCGUCCUCCCUGUUUGUCACGGGUCACCCUAGUCGGUCUGUACUCAGUACGCUUGGCGAAAGGCUAAACGAAGCCAAACAAUCGACCACAGGUGGAACUGAUUUGGCGAACAGCUCUUCUAUGGCAAAGUCUUCAGUCUCUACUACCAAUCCCACUAACACGGCCAGUACUGUCAAGUCCACUGGGAAAUCAGGCUCUCUCCAGGGUACCUCUUCGAAAAAUGCGACCAAGGAUGAAUACACCUUGAAGCUUGAAGUUGAACUCAAACAACUACGAACCGAGCUACAUACCCUACGUGGACUUGAAGUGGACUUACGCGCCCAAGUUCAGCAGUUGACGGCAGCGGAACGUACCUUCCGAUCUGAAAGUUCCCUGGCACGCCAGGAGUCCGAGACACUGCAAGCCAAGAUGAUGCAGUUGACACAACGACUUGAAACGGAUCGAGCCAAUUUGCGCAGCACAGAAGAGCGUCUUCUUGAAGAGCGAAAACAACGUGUUGCAUUGGAGCAAAGGCUAUCAGCCCAACAGCAGUCUCGUCAAAAUGCCCACAAAUCACCCAAAGAUACAUCCACUGAUGAUACUCCGUCGCAAACCGCGAGCAAGACUUCAUGCGCGAAAUCAACCACGGCUCCACCUCGCAACACGUCUUCUCCUGGUGCGAACAACAACAGCAGCAGCAGCGCUCUUGCUGGUUCAUCCAGCACAGUAGCCACUACUUUCACUCAGACUACUGCUUCUUGCACUGCGACUGAUUCCUGUGCCACCCGUGUGAAAGAGCUCGAAGCUGAACUGCGUACUUUGAAACGGGACCUGUCAGAUCGUGAAGCCCAAUUGGCCACGCUCAAAGAGUCCCGGGCGGCACAUGGAGUUAAUGGAUCGGACUCAACAACAUGUGGUAAAAAAGGCUCAAUGACAAACCGUUUGCAAGACGAUAGCGCAGAACGUGAGGAACUGUUGUCUCAUUUGGCUCAUUUACAAGAGGAGAAUCAACGUAUGACAGACACCUUGAAGGAUGAGGACAAGAUGAAACAAGAGCUUCUGACCGCAUACCAUGCGUCACUGAAAGAGAUAACGGAGUUAAAUGCCUCUUUGACGAAAAAGGAAUUCCAAAUCGUCGAGUUGAACAUGCGGCUGGAGUCUCUAACCCCACAUCUUUAUGAAUACGUGAAUAUGAUCAACGUAGCCUCAAAACACCUAUCAAGCGCCUCACAUCUCCCAUUGGAGACUAAUUCAAGCGAGCAGGGUGGUUACAGCGUGUUUUCUUCUGACAUGUUACCCCGUUAUACGAAUUCAGUCGCUUCGGCAACUGCUAAGGGGCAGCAUAAUUUACGCAAGUCCCCACCCGAUGACCAUAGUUUUUCAGACGGAAGGUCGGCGCAUACUCCCGCCAACGGUUUGAGUAGCAGUUCCACUUCUGGUUACUUUGGGUCCUCGCUGGAAUACCCAACGUCAACGUACGGCUCAAGUUUUGUUGAUAGCAUGGGGUUGCGUAAUCUGUCCCGAAUCAACUCCACUACGGUAACCACCAUGGAAACCACUCCACACUCUCCGAUGACGAACGGUGGUGGCCGGAUGUACCACACCUUCAGCAACCGGACUUUUCUAUCUGCUGCUGAUAGUGCUACUGUCAACCACGUCUACUCAUCGACACAGUCAAGCCAAGCACCGUCAUACACUCGCCAGUCUCCUCGGAGUUCGACCAACCAUACACACUUUAACUCCUCGCAUUUUGAUUUGUCCUCAUAUCCACAGCAUAAUCGAUUCAAAUCUAGUGUUUCUCCUUACCCUGGUUCCGGGACCAGACCUUUGCCUGUGGGGAGUGCAGCACCAGCAUCUUCCCCUCCCCCGUUCUUAGUGCCACCUCCCGGACUAAUUCACAACAGUGUCAAUCCAACUUUAAUGCACCCUUCCACUGUUGCUUCUGACCCUCAUCCCUUUUCUUCCUCUCAUCCUACCAAUCGUCCUUUGGAAGUAAUUGUCAAUGCACCUGGAAGUAUGCAGUCGGACUUGUUUCAUUCCCCUGUCUGUCUGGAUAUAGGUGGGCAAAGUUCCAGUCCAUGUGCUUCGUCGUCAGUGAAUCGUUUAAUCGAGUCGUUGUCACUCUUUGGUUCCUCUUCCGAUAGUGGUUCUUUCGUUCAUCCAGGACGACGGAUGGCCGCCGACAGUUUCUCUGCAAACACAACUACCGAUGCCAGUAUGUUGUAUCCACAUCCAGAUGCAACCAGCAUUGUCCAAAUGAACGCCACCACACGAGCACCACAUUCGUAUCGGCUUCGAGGAACCUACGACGACGUCGACUUAAUGGAUACGAACGAAUUGAACCUCAUGGGUCUGAACGUGCUGGACACUUCAGUUCUCAAAUCGGAUGGCAGCGCAACGGAUGGCUCCACAUCUCUUCAGCCAACCGCCGACGAUCGCGUUACCGGAAAAAAUUUGGAUGCGGAUGGCUUUGGGCAUUUACAAUCAGGGCAUUCACUUAGCGACCGAAAUUCUGCCAUGUAGCCUCCAUGUACGGUAGUCGGCUCCAUAAACCGCGUCCCAAUAUUAUACACGACUAAUACCAAUACUAUUGCUUAUGUUCCGUUAUGUUCGCUGCAUGCGCCACCAACUCAGUGGUCUGCCGUGGUUUAUCUCGCACUUGUGCUGUAUUCCGAUUUAACAGAUUUUGUUGCAGCUUUUCUCUCACGUUUCUUCAACUCAGUGUGUCGGGCUUGUGUAACUUCGUGUAUCUGUUUCCAUGUUUAGUUCGUUCACCACCAGCACCUUCAACCCUUCCUCUUCGAUCCCCGUUCAUUUGUGUUCCGCUCGGCGGACCCAUUCUUUCCUUUUAUCUGAUCAUGACAAGCUCUUUGGGUUCUCGUAUUACCUUUCUGUUCGGCUUGUUUUUAAGGAGCAUACAAGAACAUCCGUGUGUCACCCUGCUUUAUCUAGUCGUUGUAUUCCCUCUUGUCUCCUUCUCAUCUCCCUGACAAGUGAUAUCUUCACAGUCUUUGGGGUGUGGCUACAGCUGAUGUUCCUGUGUGCGAAAAUUCGUAGCGCUGGUUGCUCCGUACCAGUCGUUUGUCCUUCACAAAUAUCACACAUGUCUCUGACGAAGUCUAAUCGGUCCCACACUUCUUCAUCGUCUCUUUAGUGUGCCAGUCGCUCGCCUGUGUAUCCGUAAGCUACACCAGUUAAGACCUAGUUUUUGGUGGUUUAUAUUUGUCCUUGGCUUCUCCCCCCCCCCGUUUCUAUCCAUCCCUUUUUUGUGUCCCUUUCCGAGUUGUAUUGUUUAUCUUGACAAACCACGAACCAAAAUUAAAACAUGGCAGUCCUGUGAGAAC